AGAAGUAAAGAAGUAAUUAAGUGCUUAAAAAAUGAAUAAUCGAGCACGCAGAUCAACUGGCAUUAAGCCGUUUGUACCCGGCGGUGUUUAUCGCAAAUUAAGAAAAAAAUGUGUGUUUUAUCCCAAUUGUGAAUCGAUUUGCAAGAGUUCACCAAAAGUGCUUUAAUCGCAAGUGCCUGGCGUUGUCCCUAACCCCUUGCCUCCCACCGCCCACCAUGCAUUAUGGUGAAAUUAACCACCGUUUGCUGCUCUCAUUGAUUUUCAAGUUCAUGGUCACACGACCUUGAUUUGGAUUUGCCAAUGCAGCAGCCUGAGAGGGAGGAGCGUUGGACAAUUUUCUUAAGAAGCCAGCACUUAAUUGGAAGCUGGACUUGCGAUUUUGGUUACUUUUGGGGGGCCACUGUGAAUUGAAUCGCACAUGAUUGUAACUAAAAUUCUUAGUUUUGCUCAUAGCAAUGCUCAUUUUCUUCACUUGAGUAACCCAAACGAAGAGAAGAUUAUCUAUUGACGUUUAAGUGACGUCACCAGCUCUCACUACAUAAUGUUUGAUUCAUUUUAAAGUCACAGAACAGACACACACACACGCAUACGAGCAGCUGUUUGAUCCCUUUAUUUGUGGAGCGCAUUGCUGUGUAUCGCGUUUGCUUGUGUGUGUGUGAGCGUGGAACGCAAACCAUUUUGAAUAGUUGUUGGCAUUUGGUUGCGCGUUUGGAAGAUUCGUUUGGGCAGCUUGGGUCGUAGGAAUGGUCAUAGCUAUUCCUGAACUAUGGUUUUAAGUAGAGUAAACCACCGAGCCGUCGCCAUCGCCGGUAUCGCUGUAGAGUCCUUGAUAAAUGAAUGGCAUAAUCCCAAUGCACCAAUUAAGCCAGUGAUUCAGGAAGUGUUGGUUUUGCCCGCGCCCGUGCGUGGGGGGCCCGCCCCGUCGUUGUUGCAACAACUGCAACCGCUACCGCAGCCUCAACUGCUGAUGAAGGUGGACAAGCCGACACAGGCGCAGACCAAUGACGCACUGGUGCUGCCGAUAUCAAAGAUAGUCAGGCUUGAGUGUCAUGAUGAUGAGUGUCAUGAUGUUGGAACAUCUAUAGAUGUUGCUAUUGCCGAUGAGAAUGGUGGUAAAAUACCAUUUAAGAAAAUAUUCCAAAAGCGUAAGAAGUCUUCGGAGCGCACACGUGACAAGAAGUUGCGUCAGAAUCGUCAGCUGCGCAAGUCGAUGUUGCCGAAAAAUGCUUUGAUGGCUCUAAACGAAGUGAAGGGCAUUACUAUUAGUGAUUUCACCAUUAAUAGUAAUCCGGAUGGCGGGUUUACGGCCAUAGUAACUGUUAAUUCGCAUCAGUAUGAAGGCAAGGGCAAUUCCAAAAUGGCAGCAAAGAAUCAGGCAUGCGAGAAGGCUUUGCGCGAUUUCAUUAUUGCCAAAAUGACACCCAGACCGAAAAAGAAUACAGGCGAACAGCGAGAAGAUGGCGAGAUGGAGCAGGAAAGCGAUGGAUUGGAUUCACCUGAGGACGAAGUCCCGAUGUUGAAUUUGGCAUCGUUUGCGAUUUACAAGCUGUUUGCCGAAUGGGAACGCGAGGGUUAUGUCGUGCCCGAAAUGCAUCCAUCUGGCGGUGGUGCGGCAGCAUCUUCCGAAAAUCCACUAUCACCAUCUGGCAAAGAGGGAAAGGAGCAAAAGAAGCCGUCAAUGCGCUCCGAGCUACCUUGCAACUGGGAGUCCAUGCAUCCAGCUACCUUGCUCUGCAUUAUGCGUCCUGGUUUGUCGUAUGUUGAUCAUGGCGCCUAUGGUGAUAAGCCUAAUGUUCUGCAACGUCUGGGCGUCACGGUCGACGGUGAAGAGUAUAUCGCCAGUGGUCGCUCCAAGAAGAUUGCUCGUCGCAAUGUUGCCGUCAGCGUUUGCAACACUCUGUUUGACACGGAUUUCAUUUACCAGGAGUAUUAAAAAUUAAGAAUAGCUCGCAAUAAGGUGUCUCUGUUGCGCUUGCUGUCAGAUAAACUCAAACUGUCCUAAUGAGAUCUAUGAUCGAUUUAGGUCCGUGCGAGCGAAUCCGUCUCAUGUUGUUUGGCCUUAUAUGGAGUGAGCAGACCCCGUCGACGAGAAACUCGUUAUUAGCACAUUUUGCGAGCUGGUAUUAAAGUUAAUUUAAUAUAUAUACUUAUAUAUAGAGAGAGCUACCUAUUUCAUUUACCAACAUUAGAAUUAUAAAACUAUUAACUUAUGUUCGAACAAUAGGCUGUUAGACCCUUCAAAAGCUAAACUAAAAAUAUU